AGUAGACUCGGCUGUUUUUUCUUCUUUCGCUCUCCUCGCCUCUGCAUCCGAGGAUGGAAAUUUCCAGAGCUUCUUUGCUCCACGAAGAGAAAGAGAGAGAGCGCGAAGGGAAGAUAUGUUAACCGAAGAAUCUGGUGCUUCACGUUGCUGGAUACGACAGUGUCAAGGAUUGCGGUUGGCUACCUGCAUCCAGGAUAGUGGUGUCAGAGAAAUCAAGCCCAAGAGUAGUACAAUCAUGGGAAGUUCAGCACAGGUGAGGUUCCAGCCAAGAAUUGGACAAUUUACCGAUGCUGAGAGUGAUAGGCAGACACAUUCACUGCAGGGCAAUCCACAGAAUUGCACUCUCUUUGUUGGGAUACAAAUGUGGCUUCGGUCAGUCAAGAGUGUCAGAGUGUGGUCAUUAGUCCUCUAGAAAGUGCAUUCACGAGCUCAGUUCUAUAUCCAUGAAAAUGUUUGGUGGAGUUAUAUAGUUUUAUAAUUGUCCUGCAUUUAGUAAGUGCCAUCAAGUAAAUAUUUGGUUCUUUUAGCUAGCAGAUAGAAUUCUCUAGCUAUUUAUUAAAACAAAAUAGAGCAUGGUACUCUCCCACAUUUAUACUGUUCUGAUGAAAAAUAUGAAACUGGCGUAUUAAUCAUCGAUCUUAGGUUGUUCCUGCUAAUUUCUUUUAAGCUGUAAUUAAAUCAGUGCUAUUCAAGCUUUCCCUUAAUGUUUUUGUAGAAGUGCAAUGCAAAUUGGUAUUUAAAAUGUGUAGAUGUACAGCCCCUUUUUAUUCUGAAAGUUUUCCAUUCUUUUGCAGGAAACUCUAGAAGCUAAGAUUAAGAUGCUCAGGAAGAAGCUGACCUUUAAAGCAACUCCAAUGCCUAACGCUGAUCCUCUUUCUGAUAUCUCUAGGUAGUUGUUCAAGUCUGUAGCACCUGUUGAGUUUAAGGAUCUGUAGAUUCUGCAGAUUGCUGACAGAAGCAAGGAAUGCUGUUACUAACAUUACCAAAGAGGUCAAGGUACCUAAGAUGGGUCAACUUGCCUAUGAAAUUUGAAAGCUCAUCAAUUCUUAGGUUAUGCAGAUCUAACACACACAAGCACCUCAAGUUUGAAAUGAUUGUAUUGUGACGAUGCUUGAUCCUGAAGUGGUAAUGCUGAUUUCAAUUUCACAUUGGUUGACUUAUUGCCAAAUCAAUUAUGUGGACUAUUUAAUUGUUCUUCUUUUUCUACAAACAGUGAACAACAUUUCCCAAGAAUAGAAUCAUUGUAUGCACCCUUA